ACUUAAAUCAAUGACGUCCUUCAAGUGCUGCUUCAAGGGAUUAGUCAGCAAUUAAAAGCCUCCGAACCGAGAGCGUUCUUUAACAGAACAUUGCGGUCCGCAGUAGACGACGGAAUGGGCUUCCUGCCAGUGUUGGGUGCGGUGACUGGAGCCGUGGCUACACUUGCUACCACCCCUGUGAUUCUGGGGGCAGUGGGCUUCACAAGUGCUGGAAUAGCGGCUGGUACUAUUGCAGCAAAAAUGAUGAGCGCGGCAGCUGUGGCUAAUGGAGGAGGCGUUGCAGCUGGAAGCAUCGUGGCUGUCCUUCAAUCUAUUGGAGCUGCAGGACUGUCUGCUACUGCUAAAGCAGCCUUGGGGACUGCAGGUGCUGUGGUUGGUGCAAUCUUGUGGCCCUGAAGAGAAGAAUAGCCUUGAGAAAACUUAAAGUAAAUGACAAUCUUUCCUAAAUUCUGAACAUGCAAAAAAAACCUGUAAUUGAAAAUUCAUUAAACUUGCAUUAUUGGUAAUUGGU